GGUCGGUCCCGUAACAGUCAAAACUGAUUGAGGAACCUCUAAAAAUCCGCUGAGGCAAGCUAACGGCCUUUUAUCAACUAUUCGGGGCAUAUACCCUUGUUUUUAUUCCAUUCAACCAAGGCAAAACACAUCAUAUCUCCUUUGGAGGGUUUCGUCUUUCAGCGUUGAUUUUCGCCAUGGCCUCAAGGAAGGCUUUAACGUCUCUGCUGCGCGCUGGCGCCCGCCGAGUCGCCCACAAAUCGAAUCCCCGCAACAGCAUUUUCUCAGAGGGGACUGCGAUCGGGCACAAUGCCCGCUUAAACAGGCCCUUUUCGUUAGCCAGGGCUGUCAGCUUCAGCAGUGCCUCGGCGGCGGCGGCGCCGAAAGCGGCGCCACCGGGUGGGCCUCCCGCAGGCGGCAAUGUCACAGAUGCCAAAGUCCCCGAUGGCAAAAUCACCGAUGAGUUUACCGGCGCGGGGUCAAUCGGCAAUGUCUGCCAGGUCAUCGGGGCCGUUGUGGACGUCCGAUUUGAGCAGGGCAUGCCCCCCAUUAUGACUGCCCUUGAGGUGCUUAAUAAUAGAAUACGACUGGUUCUGGAGGUAUCUCAGCAUCUGGGAGAGAAUAUAGUGCGUACGAUUGCUAUGGAUGAGACCGAAGGGCUCGUGCGUGGUCAGAAAGUUUUGAACACUGGAUCACCCAUUACGAUUCCUGUGGGUAGGUGCACUCUUGGUCGUAUCAUGAAUGUGAUUGGAGAGCCUAUUGAUGAGAAGGGCGAAUUGACCACUGAUCACUACCUGCCAAUCCAUCGCGAGGCUCCAUCUUUUGUGGAGCAGUCAACAGAGCAAGAAAUUCUUGUGACUGGAAUUAAGGUUGUGGAUCUUCUUGCACCAUAUCAACGUGGAGGGAAAAUUGGGCUUUUUGGUGGAGCUGGUGUCGGUAAAACUGUGCUUAUUAUGGAACUUAUCAACAAUGUUGCUAAGGCUCAUGGUGGUUUUUCUGUAUUCGCUGGUGUUGGAGAGCGUACUCGAGAAGGCAAUGAUUUAUACAGGGAAAUGAUUGAAAGUGGUGUCAUCAAGCUUGGUGAUAAGCAGUCUGAAAGCAAGUGCGCUCUUGUAUACGGACAAAUGAAUGAGCCACCUGGUGCCCGAGCACGUGUUGGACUGACUGGAUUGACUGUUGCCGAGCAUUUUAGAGACGCUGAGGGCCAAGAUGUGCUGCUUUUUAUAGACAACAUCUUCCGUUUCACACAAGCAAAUUCUGAAGUGUCUGCCUUGCUGGGUCGUAUUCCUUCAGCUGUCGGAUACCAGCCAACUUUGGCAACUGAUCUUGGAGGUUUGCAAGAGCGUAUCACUACAACUAAGAAAGGAUCCAUUACAUCUGUGCAAGCAAUCUAUGUGCCAGCUGACGAUUUAACAGAUCCAGCUCCAGCAACUACAUUUGCCCAUCUUGAUGCAACCACUGUGUUGUCUAGGCAGAUUUCGGAGCUUGGUAUUUACCCUGCAGUGGAUCCACUUGAUUCUACAUCUCGUAUGCUUUCUCCCCUAAUUCUAGGAGAAGAUCACUAUAACACUGCUCGAGGUGUGCAGAAGGUUCUUCAGAACUACAAGAACCUUCAGGAUAUUAUUGCUAUCUUAGGUAUGGAUGAACUAAGUGAAGAUGACAAGAUGACUGUAGCUAGAGCACGAAAGAUGCAGCGUUUCCUGAGUCAGCCUUUCCAUGUUGCUGAGGUGUUCACUGGUGCUCCAGGGAAAUAUGUUGACUUGAAAGAGAACGUUGCAAGUUUCCAGGGUGUUCUUGAUGGCAAAUAUGAUGAUCUUCCUGAACAGUCAUUUUACAUGGUUGGAGGUAUUGACGAGGUGAUAGCAAAGGCAGAGAAGAUCACCAAGGAGUCAGCUACAUCUUAAAUUAGUGUCUCGGGAUACAUUUUCUUGUUUCGCAUUGGAAUUUCUUACGAGAGCUUUGAAAUAUCAUUUCUGCCUUGAGGAUCUGGUUCACCUGUCAUUUUAAUUGCAACUGUUUUUGAUUUUGUACUGUGAACUGUCCUCUAAAGAGAUCUGAGUGCAUUUUCAGUUCUCUUGAAGGGCACUUUUUCAUCAAUUAUCAAAUAAGAAUGCAUAUUUUGCAAUAA